AUGUCCGCCCGCAAACUUAGAGUUAAUGCAAUACAAGUAACUAAUUUUUUUGACAAAAAAACCUCUAAUGUCAGAAGAAAACUAUGUCAUGGUUUAAACAAUGAAAGAACAAAAAUUCAUUUUAGUCAUGUAGCAGGAAUAACAUCAUAUGGAUGUGCACCACCAGUUGAAGAUGUUGCAAAAGAAUUAUUUCGCAAAAAAAUUAGAAUAAAUUGA